ACUCUCUGUCUCUCUUCACAUUACUUCUUCUGACAUCUGCUGCUCCUUGUCUCUUUUCUCCUUUCAUCUCUGGCUAGCUAGAACCUUUGCCAUCACUCAAACUGAAAUCUCACCAUCUAUAUAUCCCUAGUCUGAGAUCUCUGACACCAAUUACUUAACUCUCACAUUCCACACUCAACAACAGAAACAACAACCAGAAGAUGUCAAGCAGGAGAUCUCGUUCAAGACCGUCAUCCUCUUCAAGAAUCACUGAUGAGCAGAUCAUUGAUCUCAUCUCCAAGUUACAAACUUUACUUCCAGAGGCUCAUACUAGGAACAAUGACAGGGUUCCUGCAUCUAAGGUGUUGCAAGAUACAUGCAAUUACAUUAGAAGUUUGCACCAAGAGGUUGAUGACUUGAGUGAGAGACUCUCUGAGCUUUUAGCAACAACUGGGACAAAUAGCGCUCAAGCUGCCAUUAUUCGCAGUCUAUUUAUGUGAUUCAUCUUCAUUUAUUUGCCUUUUUUCCCCUCUCUAUCUGUAGUUUGCUUUGUUUUCUCCUUCACAAGAUGAGCAUUGCAUGAACUUAAUUAUAAGUCUUGUGUUUGUAAUGUUGGAUUUAAUUAGCUUAAUAUAGUUAUGCUUGGAAAAUUUA